AUGUCUCACAAUUGGCAUACUAUGUGUUUUUUUCACAACACCAUCCUUUUUUUUAUCGUAGUAUCACUUGGGUUUUGCACUACCAAUGCCGCACCAUCGCAACCAUUGACAGAUAGGCCCACUGGUAUUCAAGCGCCGGGCCAAUCUCUUCGUUGGGCUAUCCUCUUGGAUCUAACCCGCACUACUCUAACUGUGGAGUCAAUUUCUAGAGGUGUUGAAAAAUAUGCAUCCGAACUGGCGAGUACUCCGGGGUACAUCCUUUUUGAUGAAAAACCCACUGUUAUCAACAGCGAUGGGAGUUUCGCUACCGCGCUUUCUAAAGUUUCCGAGUUGAUUUCCGACGAAAACAAAUUACCAGAUGUUCUUUUUCUUGCGGAGACUACUGAAGUAUCCAUCCUGACGAUGGAUAUCCUGCGGUCUAGUGAGGCGAAGGAUAAGAUUUUAGUUAUUUCGAUUGGUGCUUCCAACGAAAUUCUUUGUAAUUCAAUUCUAAAUCCGCGACUGGUGUGCAUCGUACCACCAGAUUUAACUAACUUCCGGGGUGUCCUGGAGGUAGCCUCAGCCUCGCUGAGGUGGGAGUCAAUGGCGGUAAUCUUCAGCAGCUCCAAAUACGCCGUAAACUUUCAAAAAGUCGCUUCAACCCAAUUGCAGGGAGUGAGCUAUGUUCCAACCAUAGUUGGGCAGGGGUUCUUGGACUCUGUUGCCUCACAAGAAGAGUACGACGCACUGCUAGCAAAGUUAAUCAAACACAGCCCUAAGGGUAUUGCAUGCUUUGUGGAUGAAAAACAAUUGAAUCAUCUGCAUGAGGCAGUACAGCGUGCGAAUCGGGAUAUCUUUUUAUUGGGCAACCGAGCGGCCCUUGGCGUUUUGAAUCAGCUGAAUGGCAAUGAUCAACCACACGACAAACCAUACAGCGGACUCUUCGUUUCGAUCUACACAACGGUGGAUAAAUUCGUUACCAUGGGUUAUUUCACGAAGGAUGAGGUGGAUGAGUACGGUGCCUACACGAUGAGUCACCUUUUUGAUGGGAUACGUCUGAUCGCGGAGGCGAAAGGGGUGAAUCGGAUGCAUAUUCUUCGCGCGGUUCGUUUUCACGGCUUCACAGGCGCAGUCAGCUUCGCCCCCCUUCGCAACGAGCGCGUCGACACCGGCUUUGCACUAAUACUCCAUCACUAUCGAAUGCCAAACCCUCUGGUCAGGUGGGAAUCGGGAAACGACAUGACGAAGUCGGUUAUUCACAACCCCAACGCCACCCUCACAGCUGCCCUUAUUCCCCCCUCGCCUUUACGCUCCGCGGUGGUUUGCCUGGCCGUUUCCCCGACCUGCGCCGACGCCGAAUUGACCUCGGCGAUGUUGUUUAUGCUGCUUUUUCGGAAUAAAGAAAACGUCCUGAACGGUGCGGCUGUGAUGUUUCUACCGCACGUCUUCAACACAGGCCUUGACGGGAUGGCGGGGUUGUCAAGCCUUUCGACGACUGGGAUCGGUCGCGCCUGUACGGUGUUGAUAGGCCCUGGACGGCUUACCAUCCUGACCGCCCUCACGCCGAUGCUCAACAGCUACCAAAUCCCACAGUUAGAUUACGCCGUCAGCGAUGAUUUUCUAACCUUGGCGAACUAUACCUAUCCGUUUUUUUCCCGUACAACACCCCCUAAUGCGUUUAACUACUUUGCUUAUUCCAGUACGUGCCGAUAUUUUUCCUGGGAGCGUGUGAUCGUCUUGUCGACUGUGGAUGAUAUUGGCACUUUUCGAGCAAAGUCAAUGAUGCAUUCAAUGGAAAGUCAAAACAUAUACGUAGAAAAGACAUUUUUUUUACAGAACAACAGCAAAGCCUCUCUGGUUGGGGCUCUGAACGAGAUCUAUGAGAAGUAUAUCAGUCGCAUUAUAUUAGUUAUGCUUUCCCUAUUUGGUGAAGAUGCUAAGAUGUUUUUUAACCUCAUUGAUGAGUUACCCUUUAUGAAUAAGUAUGUUUUUUUUCUUAGCACUGAUCUGUGUCUUCAUGGUGCUGCAUAUCCUGAGCAACGCAAUAAGCUUCAAAGCUCAAUUUGUUUGUUUCCCUACGUGCCGACAGAUCAUCUCGAAGAUCUCAACCUAAAGGCCGAAGCGAAUCCGGAUAUUUUUCAAGACGUCAAAAGUAUCUUACGGGGCGCGAAUUUGAUAGUGCAGGCGGAAACUUGUUCCAUGAAGGAUAUUCCAUCCUUCACCGGAUUCGCAGUUGACGCUGCCUACGUUCUCAUCGACGUCAUCGAGCGGGCUUUAGCGGCAGAGGUCUCAAUCAAAACAGGGAACCAUCUCCUCCCACUGAUCCGCAAAACCUCCAUUAACAAGUUCACAGAGGGUUGUACAAUUAAUGACAAGGGCGAUCGAAACUUUUCGGUGUACGAGGUCAACAUUCAAAUCCCUGGUUCCAUUCUUGGCAUCGGUGUAUGGGAUACAAGGAACAAGCAACCUUUUACGCGAAUGGAUUCGUCAAACUUCAUUUGGAUGACCAACAGCACAUCCAUUCCACUUGACACUUUUCGAGACUACUCGUUCAUCUUGGACAACACCAUACCCGCUUCGUAUGGUACGAUUUUGCUCUGCGUAUUAGGGUUUUUGUUUACUUUUGGGUUGUUGUUUUUUAGUUAUCAGCACUAUCGUGUACAAACACAGAUCGAGAUGGCCUUGUUAAGUAACAAUGUGCCUAUCACCGAGGAGGAACUACGACGAUUGAAAGGAAUUCAGGAAGACAUUUAA